AGAGAGAAGUACAAAUGCAUGGUAGCUCAUAUAUAGUUACUUAUAAAGCUCAAAUAUUACUAACAACCAUUUUAAUCUUGUUUGGCAUCUCUAUAAAACCCUAGCUACCGCCAUUAUCUUAUUAACUCUCCACCUCUCUCUCUCUUCCAUCUCUCUCUCUCCUCUCUUCCAUUUUUCUCCCUCUCUCUUCUCUUCUCUUCUCUCUUUUCUCUCCUCGAGAGAUCAUAGAAAGAAAAAGAAAAGAAAAGAAAAUGGAUAAAACACCAUGCAACUCACCACAAGAUGUGGAGGUGAGGAAAGGGCCAUGGACUAUGGAAGAAGAUUUGAUUCUCAUCAACUACAUAGCCAACCAUGGAGAAGGUGUUUGGAACUCACUUGCUAAAGCUGCUGGUCUGAAACGUACCGGGAAGAGUUGUCGCCUCCGGUGGUUGAAUUACCUCCGUCCCGAUGUCCGGCGAGGCAACAUCACGCCGGAGGAACAGCUUCUGAUCAUGGAGCUGCAUGCCAAAUGGGGAAACAAGUGGUCGAAAAUUGCAAAGCAUCUGCCGGGGAGGACGGAUAACGAGAUAAAGAACUACUGGAGGACGAGAAUCCAGAAGCACAUCAAGCAAGCACAUAGCUUCCAAAGUAGCACAGCAAGUGGAAUAUGUCAUGACCAUAAUCAAAUGAGUGAACAAGCAGCAAGCUCAAGUAGCUGCCAAAUUUCUUACACAAUGGAUCCAAUGGAAACCUAUUCUUCUCCUCCAAAUAAUAAUCUUGAUGCUUUCACAGURCCUUUGCCCCCAACUGAUAAUUCCAAUGAAAAUUAUUGGAGCAUGGAGGAUCUCUGGUCUAUGCAACUUCUCAACGCUGAAUAGAAAGAAAAAAAAAACACAAAAAA